AUGAUCUCUGCCAGUCCUCCUCGCAAACGUAUCAAACUCGAGUCGCGCUCGCCACAACCAGACACUAACGACGAAGAGGAAUAUAACUGUAGUAUAUGCCUACAGCCCCUUGUCGACCGGACCGUCAUUCCCACAUGCUCGCAUGAGUUUUGUUUCGACUGUCUCGUCGUCUGGACAGACCAGUCAAGAAAAUGUCCCUUAUGCGCUCAGACCAUUUCAGAGUAUCUCAUUCAUCGGAUCCGCUCGCGCUACGAUUAUCAGAAGCACUACUUGGCCCCUCUCUCGAAGCCUGGAUUACUGCCAUUGCGGGCUGCCCCGCAACGGGAACACGAAGGGCCCAGACGACAGCGCAGGCGAGACUGGGGUAGACGAGACCAGGAUGAAGCAGAUAAGUUAGAGCGGUCUAUAGAGACACGGCGCUGGGUAUACGAGCACGGGCUAUAUGCCAAGCACGUAGCCUCGAACGGUUAUACCAAAUACCGGCCGUACCCCACUCCAGCGCAAUUCUCUGCCAGCCAGGAAAUGGUGAGCAAGACGACGAUGUUUUUGCGGCGCGAGUUGAGAGUGUGGGAUGAUCUCGAUGUUGAGUUUUUCACAAUGUUCACAAUAUCACUCAUGAAAUCCAUCGAUAUACGCUCCGAGUCAGCGGUGAAGCUAUUAGCCGAAUUUUUGGACAUGGAUACAGGUGGAAGAACUAUGGCAGAACACUUCGCGCAUGCAGAGGUUUACUCGUACGUGAGGUCGCCUUUCAAAGACUUGUUCGUGUAUGAUAGUGCUGUCCAGGUGAGCGAAUACAACACGGCUCAUUCUUCUUGGACUUACAACUGCUUGACUAGUAUGACACGCCUCCCCAUUUACUAA